AUACAACGUUAUCAAAUCUUCUUAUUCAUACUCAUUUUAUCUCUUCAAAGCUGCACGACCCUUGUGUUUUAUUUUACAAAGUAUUGUUUAAAACCUAUUGCUUUAUAAGUGCUUAAAAUAAAAAUUAAUAUGGCCAAGAUUAUAGUGAAAACUAUUUUAGUAGUUCUGUGCUUGUUAUUGGAAGUUCAUUGUGAUUGGAGUCCACUUUCAUCUCCUUAUGUAUCAGACUACCCGUGUAUAGGAACUAACAGUAUUGUUAGUUUUUUUGAGCCCGGAGUGUCGUCUAAGGCCAAGACCCGUUAUUCUGUGUCCAUAAAUGAAACAUUCCCGACCAACUCCUCAAUCCAAAUUGCAUUUGACUCAGAGGCUUACAUCACUUUGCUUGUAAAAACGGACGAUAAAAGAUAUAGCAGAGUAACGAUGGAACCUGGUGUGGUGUUUGGAUUUUAUUAUUUUGCACAAGAAACUGGAUUUAAUUUUGUUGUAACUUCCUUCGUCCCCGGCAUAGUUCCGUAUAUAACAAGCGUUAUAAUCAACAAUGAGGAAUAUUGUCAAUAUCCAAAUGUGGGAUUCCUAAAUCAAUAUGUUGUGGAAACGUUACUAAAUGACGAAGAAAAGAACUGCGGUCGGCGUCAAGUACAAAGCACGCAGUUGAUGGUUAAUGGCGCUAAUACUAAACCCGGAGACUGGCCAUGGCACGUCGCUAUUUAUAAACAAGAAAGAAACAUCAUUAAGUAUAUCUGUGGUGGAACUCUUGUGUCUAAGAAUUUCGUAUUAACAGCCGCUCAUUGUGUGUCAGUGAGGGGUUCUGCCUUGUUGCCAGACACGAUAAGUGUUGUCCUUGGGAAAUACAAUUUAUUUGGAGGUGAUUUUGGGUCUGAAGAAAAGGAGGUUCAUAAGAUAAUAAUUCACCAAAAAUUUGAACACAGAACCCUCAACAACGACAUAGCACUGAUCGAGUUAAAUACAGAAGUAACGUUUUCUGAUUACAUUCAACCUUCAUGUCUGUGGUAUAAGAAGGCGAUCAAAAAAUUACCAAGCAAUCAAAUUAUGGGAACGGUUGUAGGAUGGGGUUUUGAUAACAGUGGAACUCUUUCACGUACACUUAAACAGGCUAAGAUGCCGAUUGUCUCGGAUAACGUCUGUAUCAGAAGUAAACCCUUAUUUUAUGCGAACAUUUUGAACGGAAAUAAAUUUUGUGCUGGAUUUCAUAACGGAACAUCUGCUUGCAACGGUGACAGCGGUGGAGCACUUGUUGUAUUCGUACCAGAUACGGCUGAGGAUAAUGACAUAAGAGCUGAAGGAACUUGGCAUGUUAAAGGCAUUGUAUCGAUGACACUCUCUCAAAAAGAUGUACCCGUAUGCGAUCCUGAACAGUACGUUGUGUUUACAGACGUUGAGAAAUACAGAGUGUGGAUAAAAAGCUACAUUAAAGAAAAAGAAAAUGAAGGUGUUUUAUAAGAAAUAUAUUGAAUAAUAAAUUGUAUUAAACAAUAAAAAAUAUAUAUAUUAAAACUGUAUUAAAAAAUGACGAUUAGACGAGUUCUCUAGUGCAACGAUAAUAAAACAUUACAUUGCUUGUUAUUUAUUUUUGAGCGAAAAAAAUAUUCCUUAACUUAUUUUAUAACUUCUGCCAAAUCACCUGCAGGCUUUAACAACAUUAAUUUGUUGCCUAUAUUUUAUAACUGAAACAAAAGUAAGAUCUAUAUGCUGUAAAUGGGACAAAUUGAAAGAAGUUUAUUAACUAUGUAAAACUUGAAAUGCAUGUUUUAACAAUUUUUUUUAAUAACACCAGGACUAAAUAUAAAACCACAUUAAGAUAAGUUAAUUAGUUUCGGCUUCUGUUAUAACGUAACCUUUUAAAUCGAGAAGAUUAUUUUUCGUAUGCUAAGAUGCUUAUGUCAGAUUUCUUAAAUGUGUCUCAUAAUAUUAAGAUAAAUUUAAUAAAAUUAUCAUACUCGUAUUUAUGCCAUGUAUAGGUAUGUAUUGCAAAUACAAGUAAGAUUGAACGAAAAUAUUAACUAUUAACUUUGAAAACCGAAUAAUUAUUAUUCACCCUCUUUAAAGAAACAAAUUUAACAUUAAAUUAAAUACUAGCGAGACCCACUUUCGGCAAUUUUUUUUACAAUUUACUUAAUGUAUGCUUUUUAUACAAUGUAUAACGUAUUAUUGAAUCUCAAGUCUCAAACACCACAUAAUUCAGGUAAUUUUUAAGUUGUUUAAGUGACUCGUUACCAUUUAGCAGUAUAAGAAAAAUGGCGCGUAUAUUAUAAGUUACUAAAAUUAUAUCCUUAUUAGAAUUAACGUGAAAUUAAAUUUUUAGAGUUGAACGUUUUCUCAGCUUAAGUCAAAAUUUUGCACUGGAAAAAUUUACCAGAGUUAAUUUGUAUAGAUUCUUCACAAUAACAUUUGAACUUGCGAUGUUCUGAAGCAACACAACAAUUUUCAUUUUAUAUUAACUUAUUCUUGUAUACAGUAACAAAAUAUAUUUUAAAGGGUACAUUAACAUA